AUGGAUGUGGGCUUUGCGCGCCGUCUUGGGCGCUUGGUCGUCUACAGAGAACGCUACGAUCAACCUCCGGAGAGUGCAUGCACUUUUGUGACGAACUCACUGUUACUAGAAGGAAAAGUGAAUACCCUAUCUGAGAAGGAGACUGCUGAUUUCCUAAUAUCUAUCACACCAGACAAGGAUCGGCGAGAUCAGGUGGCGAAUGGGCUACUAUUUUACUUGCUCACGGAUGGUGUCAAUUUCAAUAAGUAUUUCCGCUGCUUAUCGGUGAUAGCUAACGAUCAAUGGUACGCAACACUAUGCAAUGUAAACAUGAUUCUGAUAGAGUUAUGGCCAAAACUUCAUGAGUCAUGUCGGGAACUUAUGCUUCAGUUCUUCCGAGAGGCUGUCAAACUCAAUGUUCCGAAGAUUGAAAAUGUAAUUAUGAAUUUGGUUCGGUCAAUUAAUGGCAGUGUUGAAUGGAACCACAAACUGCGUCAUGCUCAUAUGAUUGCCUCAAUUCUGAAUGAUCAUGAGCAGUGGGUAAUGGGCUUGAAGCCAGGAACAUUCAUGUUACUGAAUGUAGUGUCCACUUUUGGCCACCUAAUCAUUGACAUACCCGCAGGGAGCCCACUUGAGAAUGUUCGCAUGGCUAUGGUUCAAAGCGUAGUAUUUAUUAUAAGAAAUCGGUCUGCCGAUGUUUGCAUGCUCGGACGCGAUUUGCUACUUAUUUUAAUGCGAUUAGCUAAGAUUCCACAAAUCAACGCAAUCUGGGUGGAUCUCAUCACAAAUCCGUCAAAAUUCGGGCUUAACGAUGGAAUAGAAGAGCUGUUCCGCUCGAAUGCAAAUUUCUAUGGCGUUCGACUAUCUGCAGAAAUGGCAAAGAAACUCGAGUUUAUUAUUUGUCAAUGCAAGCCAAAUGCACAAGAUAAGCAUUUCGAGUGGUUUUCAAACACGUUUUUUCGCGGUCCUGAUGGUCCCAGUCUGCGUGCUGAAACCAUACGCUAUGUGCUGUAUUUCUUCAAACCAGACAUGCCUGCUCACGUAUUAGAAGCUCGUGGCCAUUUCUUGUACUACCUUUUGACGAGUAUCCCUCCUAAUUCGGAUGUCGAACAACAAUGGUGUAAAACAGUAAUUUGGUUCGAUUGGCUCACUUAUGAUCCUCACACAACAGUACAAUUUGUCGAACCAGUGAUGAGCAUGCUCCGGAUAGCACUAGCCAACUUACCUUCAAAAGCGACAGCUUUAUUGGAAUAUGUGUGCAAGAGUGUUGCGUUGAUUUUCCCACCGAAGACUGAGCUGUUUAAAAAAUCGGUCAACGAUGCUAUGCAGGCAGUACAUGAGUACUACCAAGGUGGUCUGGUGGGCAUUCUUGACAACCCCCGAAUUGAACGCAGCGUUCGAGAACUAGUACGAGAAACAUUUUCGGAGUAUUUUGCUAGGAACACGACCGCUCCCCCAACAUCAACCCAGUCAUCUCCAUCAGCACCUCAGCUAAUUGCACAACAGCAACCACCAUCAAGACCACAACCGUCGUCAUCAGCACCACCUGCAGCACCAAACUCUAACCACGCAGCGACGAACAAGGAUCGAUUGCGAUUGAAAGAUAAAGAGAAGAAUAAGGAGAAUGAAAGAGACGAUAAAGAGCAAGUCAAACAUAGCAAAACACCUAGCCCACCUAAUGGGACUUUGAUUUCUUCAAAGGUUGAUGAGGCGAAGAAGAAGGAACGGGAAAAGGAGAUUGACGAGUUAGUAGAACAACUACGAGAUGAUUUCAGAACCACGAUGAUGUCUUUACGGGAAACAUUCCGUGAGACAGAAGAUGAUAGCGAAAGAGGCGAGGCCGUGCAACGAUUGCUGCAGAAACUUCUGGAAAACGAAGACUCUAUCGACGACGAACAACUAGAGCUGGUAGCGCAUAGUGUUCAGCUGGUGAUGGGCAGUCCUGUAGACAGUAAUCGCAGGUCGAUUCUUCCAGAUCCAGUGACGGAGGACGCAUUAGCAGACUCGUUUGCACAUCCUUUGUUCAUCAUUUUCCGAAAUCUUUGCUACACUCCGGACACAGAUGCAACAACGAGGUCGUUAAUGGUGAACAUGAUUGCUACAAUGCGCGAUUAUGACAACACAGUCACCUAUCUUAUGCUGUUCUUUAUAAAGGCAAAUGAUGGUCUGAGCAGUGAGUGCAUAUCGUGUUAUCGAGAUGUAGCUCGAGCGAGGGACGAGGAAAUAGAGACGUUACUGACAGCGGAUCUGCAGCAAUGUGCUGUAGAUGACGAUCGGUUAUUCGCUUUUCUGGUCCCUUAUGUGUUCCAGAAACUGGAUGUUGAAGCUGGCGCCAGUGCAUCUGUUUUCAAUGUCGUUUGUUCACACAUUGACGCUCGACAAAUUAUGCAACUUAUCGGAGAAAUUGUAAGGGAAAAUGUGACCUUGUUCCGGAAGGACUCAUUUGCUCAAAUCGUCGCAGCUUCAUUAGACUGGCCAACGACAACUCAAUGGGCUUUUUGGCAUCUGGUUCAUGCUGAAGGAAUUCCCGGCGAAUGGUUGAUUCAGCUCCUACCAAAAUUAAAAUCAUCACAGCAUGCUGAAGCUGCCGCCAAUGUUCUGCUUAUGUUGAAGCGGGCAGAUCGCGAUCCUAACAUGAACAUGUUACGAGCGCUUUUUUCGCGGACACCGUCUGCUGAUGAUACUUUUACUAUUGACUGCAUCAAGAUUCUCAUCGAAGAUCCAUCAACAUGCAAACGGGUUUCGGACAACGUCGGCAAUCUGUUAAAGAAACAGAUGGCUGCCGGUGAUUUGCACAUGGGCGGUGGAACUAAGGGGUCAUCGAAAAAGAGCCCACAAAAACUGUCAAUGGAGCAGGUGCUCGCACAUCUGGAACAGUUCACUCAGCUGUGCCUCAUGAAAGAAAAGAAGUCGGCUGAACAGAUCUUUUCUAAUGCAACCGUGCUCGAAGCAUUCAGUGAGGCAGAGAAGAAUGAUAAAGUAGCGCCGCUACGGUCGAAAUUCGCUCAACUUUUUGCCGUUGUGAACAUUCUCCGGGACGAAUCCAGGGACAAAGAACAAUCUUCUCGGACACUACGAGGGAAUCGAGGUAGCAGCGCUUCGACAUCCGUAAGCAAAGUUAGCAGACAUAAGGAUGAAGACAAAGAUGAUGACCACGUUCCUAAGAAAAAAGUACGUCGAGUGAUUACUGUUGGCUCAUCGUCCUCAUCGUCGUCAGAAGAUAGCGAAUGA